GGUGACUGACUGUUCGAUCCCCUGGUGGUGGUCUCUGGUGUUACAGCCCCGAAAAGCAGCAGCAGCACUGGUGUGAAAAGGAGGGGUGCAGACGCUGCGACAUGGAGGGUCAUGACAGCAAGGAGCCAGAGCAGUUGAGGAAGCUGUUUAUUGGCGGUCUCAGCUUUGAAACAACAGAGGACAGCCUGCGUGCUCACUUUGAGCAAUGGGGCAAACUCACAGACUGUGUGGUAAUGCGGGACCCAGGGAACAAGCGGUCACGAGGCUUUGGCUUUGUAACUUAUUCAUGUGUUUCCGAGGUUGAUGCAGCAAUGGGUGCUCGGCCCCAUAAAGUUGAUGGACGCAUCGUUGAGCCUAAAAGGGCUGUUUCCCGAGAGGACUCGAAUAGACCAGGGGCCCACCUGACUGUAAAAAAGAUUUUUGUCGGAGGUAUAAAAGAAGACACAGAAGAGUAUCACAUACGAGAAUACUUUGAGCAUUAUGGGAAGAUUGAGAGCAUUGACAUUAUGGAGGAGCGGCCAACAGGGAAAAAGAGAGGAUUCUGUUUUGUAACGUUUGAUGAUCAUGACACUGUGGAUAAAAUUGUUGCCCAGAAAUACCACACCAUAAACUCUCAUAACUGUGAAGUCAGGAAAGCACUCCCAAAACAGGAAAUGCAAGCAGCUUCUAACCAGAGGUAUCGGGGUGGCGGAGGAGGUAAUUUCAUGGGCAGAGGAGGCAACUUUGGAGGAGGCAACUUUGGCAGAGGAGGAUAUGGAGGAGGCCGUGGGGGAUAUGGGGGAGAUGGCUACAAUGGAUUUGGUGGAGAUGGUGGUAAUUAUGGAGGUGGCCCUAGUUAUGGUGGUGGGCGUGGAGGAUUUGGUGGAGGCCCUGGUUAUGGUCACCAAGGAGGAGGAGGAGGAGGUGGAGGUGGAGGAGGAGGUGGAGGAGGCGGCUUUGGGGGAUAUGACAGCUACAAUGAUGGACGCAAUUUUAGUGGUAAUUUUGGUGGCAGUGGAGGAGGUGGAGGUGGAAAUUACAAUGACUUUGGGAAUUAUGGAGGACAGCAGUCAAACUAUGGUCCCAUGAAAGGAAAUAACUUUGGAGGAAGAAACUCUGGGGGACCAUAUGGAGGUAGCUAUGGUUCAGGUGGCGGUGGAGGUGGUGGCUAUGGCUCAAGGCGGUAUUAAUGUGCGUAUGUUUAUGGCUUCAGGUGGACAGUUAGCAGAUGAUGAGAUGAGAGGAGAGGUCAGGAAAGCAGCAGGUUACUGUAAGAAAGCCAGGACCUGCUAGUCAGAGCACUAAAAAUGGAAGCUCAAAGAAGGACUGUGAAUGCUAGCUUCAAUGAGCGAGUGUAGCCAGGUACUCGUGAUCUAGAGUGUGUUAGUGUUUUGUACAUUCCUUUGAUUUUACGCAUUUUUUAUUAUUUUUGGUGUAUUUUAGGAAACGUUUUUCCAGAGUGAAAUAUUAAGUGUCUUAGUUGUUGUCAGCUUUUAAAUGGCAUUGUCUCAAAUUAUUUUCUUUCUAGAAUAUUUGAUUCAUAGCUUGACAUUAUAUGACUAUAUUUCAAAAGUUCAUAUAUUAAGUUGCGAGCUGUAGUAUGAUUUUGUUUUUGUUUUUUUUUUUGUUUGGUUGUUUUUUUUUUUCUUCUUUCUUUUUUUGGUAUCAAGGCAGUGAUGCUUAAGUGUCGAGUGUAAUUUUCUAUUGUUAGUGUGUAUGUGCUGUCUUGCGUUGUAUGAAACAAAGUAACAUGCAGUGUAGAUUUGUCAGAUUUGAGGGCAUGUACCAGAUCUACUUGUACAAAUAGAAGUCUAGAUUGUUACAAAAAAUGAAAAAGAAACCAGAUUAAAUAAAGUUGUGUAGAAAAUGACAUAA